AUUUAUAUAUAUAUAUAUAUAUAAAUUAUACCUUGUAAAAAGUCAGUUUAAAUUUGUCAUUCAUAUUAAUAAUUAUCUAAUUUGUAUAGAUUACGAGUAUGUAAUAAAAUGAAUUGCAAUUUGCCAGUGUAAGGUUAAUCCAUUUCUGAUUGCUGUAAAACCCACGUUUCUUUAAUUUUUAAUAGAAACGUGAUUCUCUUCUUCUAUUUAUCGUUAUUUAUUUAUUAAGUGAUAAUUUACUUAAUUUUAUUUAUUAUUAAUUAAUUAAUUAGUUAAUCAUGAAAAUCUUGAUAUAAAUAUAAAACUAAAGGAUUAUGGUCAAUUUUUUAAUAUAAUAAAAAAGAACGUUGAAUUUAUUUUCGCGCCUAAAUGAAGUUCGCUACAUAUGGUCGCUACGAUGAAUAUCGAUAAUAUAUUUUCUGAGUGUACAAUUUGGUAAUAUGUGAUGACGUUAAAUGUGUAAAUAAAAUAAAUAAAACAAAAUAUUACAACUGCAAAGAUAAAUACAAUUUUAUAAAGAUUAAACAAAAUUGUAAUCAUAUAAUGUUUUUUUCAUUAUUGCAUAUACAAUUUUAAAAACACAGAAUAAUAUUAAGUAAUUAACUUAUAUGCAUAUUUUAAACGCUACGUUUCAUAGAUACUAUUUAUAUUGCUUUAAAUUAUGAUCUUUAAUAAAAUCGUAAUCUUAAAAUAAAUAAUCUAAUAUUUUAUGUAUUAUGACAUUUUUGCUUUGCUUUCUACAAUGUAUAAAACAUGGUUUUCGCCAGAAACCAACAUACCAAGAUAGCAAUUUCAAAUAUUUAUGUACAAAUAAGAGCAAAAGAAUAAGGAUUAGAAUGGAAAAUGAAACACUACCACCAUCACGAGAUAAUCCUAUCAUCACGAAACUGGAUGGUCCUAUAUUUCAUUCUAUUUUCACACCAGAAUUAAAUAUUUUGUCAGAGUUAUUUAAAAAAUAUAAUUAUACAUUGAGAAUCACAGGAGGUGCUAUACGUGAUAUUCUUAUGGAUGUGAAACCAAUAGAUCUUGAUUUUGCUACUACUGCAACCCCAGAACAAAUGAAAGAUUUAUUUACGAAGGAACAAAUAAGAAUGAUAAAUACAAAAGGUGAAAAACAUGGUACUAUUACUGCAAGGAUUAAUGAUAAAGAAAACUUUGAAAUUACUACUUUGAGAAUUGAUCUUGUGACUGAUGGGCGACGUGCUGAAGUCCAAUUUAUCACUGAUUGGAAAUUAGAUGCUAAUAGACGAGAUCUUACUAUUAAUUCAAUGUUUCUUGACCUUGAGGGUAAUGUGUACGAUUAUUUUUAUGGAUACGAUGAUCUAAAGAAAAGAAGAAUCGUGUUUGUGGGCAACCCGACAAAUCGUAUACGAGAAGAUUACCUCAGAAUUUUAAGAUAUUUUCGAUUCUAUGGUAGGAUUACAAACAACCCUGUAGAGUUUGAUGAAAAUACUAUAAAGGCAAUAAAAGAAAAUAUUUCAGGAUUACAAUUUAUUUCUGGUGAACGAAUAUGGUCUGAAUGGAGAAAAAUUUUGGAUGGUAGAUAUGGUGGAGAAUUAAUGUUAAAAAUGAUAGAAUGUGGUGCUGCAUCAUAUAUAGGACUUCCAAAAGAACCAGAUGUAGAAAACUUCAAAAAUGUAUAUUAUCGUGCAUUGAAUAAUUCAGUUAAACUACAUGCCAUAACUUUAAUUACUUCAUUGUUGAAAGAUGAAGAAGAAGUAAUGAUUUUGCACAAGAGAUUAAAGUUGUCUGUUUAUGAAAGAAACUUAGCAUUAUUCUUGAUUCAACAUAGAGAAGCAAAACCUUGUGAAAAACCAUUAAGGCCAUAUCAGCUUCUAAUAAUAAAUUCAAAACUUAAAAUAUCAGAUACAAAAGAAUUCGUUUGUGAAGUGUUAAAAUAUAGAGGAAUGAUAGAAUUCUGUAAUGAAAUUAAUAAAUGGGUAGUUCCAAAGUUUCCAAUAAACGGUCAUAUGAUAAAAUCAUAUGUACCGCAUCCAAGAAUGGUAGGACCAGUUCUAUAUAAUUUAAAAGAAAUAUGGUUUGAUAAAGAUUUUAAAAUUAGCUUCGAAGAACUUAUAAAACAUAUAGAACCAAUAAUACAUGAAUUAAACGAAAAUAAAAAAUAAAUAUAAGAAACUAUAUCUUGU